AUGCUGAGUCAGGCGACGCGCCGCGCGGCCGUCCAGGGCUGCGAGGCCCUCCGGGCGAUCAGCACGUCGGCGACGGCGCAGCUCUGGGCGCCCGUGGACGCGUUCGAGGGUGUGAGGCCUGCGCCCAAGGACCUGCCCGAGGUCUCGUUCGACAAGUUCAAGUCCAUGGUGCAGUCGGGGCCGGUCCGGCCGCAGCCCGUGCCCGAGGACUGGAAGGCGUGGGCGAAGAGCGCGAAGGUCGACAAGGGCGCGAUGUUCGCGGCCUGGGAGAAGCUGUACAGCGGGUCCUGGUCGAACGCGGACCCCGAGACCAUGACGCCGAACCCGGAAGAGAAGCUCAAGGAGAUCCGUUCGGCGAAGGGCGAGUGGGCGAACGCGGAGGCCAAGUACGAGGAGGCCGUGAAGAUGCCUGCGGAGCCUGACUGGGCCAGCAUGGCGACCUCGGGCAAGAUGUUCCCGGAGUUCAUCGCCGAGGUGAAGAAGAUCUACCAGGAGGAGGCUGCGUCGGUCGCGAAGAAGCCGAGCGAGGACGAGCUGAUCGCUGCGCAGGCCGAGGACAUCAAGCGCGCGCACGCCGCGGCGAAGGCCGAGGUCGCGCUGUUCCAGAAGAAGCAGAACGAGCAGUGGAAGAUCGCGGCGCGGUCCGUCAAGAGCAUCGAGGUCGACGAGUGGCUGUACGGCGAGCUCGAGAACGGGCGCAACGUCUCCACCGACGAGGUGCUGUACCGGCAGCCGGAGCUGCGCCAGGCCAUCGACGACGAGAUCAGCGACUACCAGUGGGACCCGUCGCUGGCGUCGGAGGCGGCGCAGAACGCGUCCAAGGUGAUCGACGUGCCGGGCAUGGCCAGGCUGAAGAAGUUCACCGAGGCCAAGGCGGCGCUCGACGCGUACGUGCGCUCCAAGGCGAAGUAA